CGCAUAUACUUUGUAAACCAACCCCAGACUGAGAGAAGAUCCUACAGACAUACCUACUGCUGUAGGUCCAUUUGAAGGACAAGUUGUGAUGUGAAGUAUAUUCGGUUCUGUCAAUUAAAUUAAUUCAGCAUAACUCAUAGGCCGGAAGGUUUGUGUAAAUCAUGCUGUACACAUUUGCCACAGGAUGGAUAGUGAUUUUUGCAAUUACCAGAUCAGCUCAGGCUCGCAUUCAGCCACUGGAAAGCAGUGAAAAUCACAAAGACCUUUGCUAUGAAAUUCCUGAAAAGAAUGCCGAGGAAUUCAAGAUUGUGUGCAGUCACGUAAGAUCGUUGGAUGAUGGUUUGGUUCGUAUCGCCCCUGAGAAGUUGAAGAAAAUCACAUCAAUUACAUAUGUGCUAUCCAAUUUCACCUCCCUCACUUUGGACAGUGUUGCUGAUUUGCUGUCUCUUCAGACUAUCAGUUUUAAUCAAAGCUUCGUAACAGAAUGGACGUUGCCCAAAGCCCCUCUUGUACCUGAAGUGACAACGUUGGUUCUCAGUGACUGCUGGAAUGACUAUAAUUUGCUUAGCCCACAGAGAAAUGCAUCACUGAGACUUACAAAUGAUAUGUUUGAUGGUUUGAAGUCCUUGGAGCACCUAUACCUAGUCAAUUGUUAUGUCUCGAAUAUGACAGCUGAGCCAUUUGUUAAUCUAACCACCCUGCAGAAAUUUCAUAUAACUGGAGGUAGUGGUAUUGGAUGUGAACAGGAGAUGGAGUGGGUCAUUAAUUGGAUUAAGGCUGGUAAGGCAGAAGUAUCAAAUGACACCAUAUGUUUCGUUGCCCGAGACCGAAGACAAGGGGGUGGAGGUUUACUAAUUUUGGCAACAUCUUACAGUUUUAGUGGACAUCCUUUCCUGUUAAUUAUGGACCAUCGAAAGGAAACAAAUGAGCACUGCCCUGCAGAAUGUACUUGUGUUGUUGAGGGUUACAACUAUGGUAGGAAUGGGCAUCGAAUUAAAAAUCCUAUCAUAAAUAUAUACUGUGAUAAUUCUGGUCUGACAGCUUUACCAGACAUUCCACCACAUUCAACUAGGGCUAGUUUUGCUCAAAAUAAUAUAACCGAUAUAACCAAGUUAUUUACAAAUGAGAAUUAUCGUACAAUCUCUUCAGUUCGGCUACAGCACAAUCGGAUCUCGUACUUAGACAGUGAUCUUUUCCUUAACUUUUUGAAUGGUCGCUCUCAUGACUUCCAUAUCAAUUUGAGCUACAACAAUUUCAGCACACUUUCAGCUAGACAGCUCCUUAGUUUGUACAAAGAUGUUGAGGGUACAAACUCUUAUUACAAACCCUUAAUUGAUCUCCAGUUCAAUCCUUGGGAUUGUAGCGACUGUAGUUUUCUGCCAGAUUUUCAGGAAUUGGUAUAUCACCAGUUUUACUACAGAGAAAAGGGUCCAGAGUUUUAUGACAACAUACGUUGUGCUGAAGGGAACCACUAUUUUGCUGGUCAAAUGAUUGUGAAAUUAGAUGUGCUGUCACUUUGUGCUCCAGACCCUCCACUUUUACAGUCCAUUGACAUCUUGAACAUCUCCCUUGGUCUUAUUAUUAUUCUCUUUGUUGCUAAUUUUGCUCACAAUGUCUAUCAGUAUAGACGGCAUAGUAAGUUGCCCUGGAUCAUAACCAAAGUGCCAUGUUGUUGAGAGACAUGAAUGUGAAUUGGGAUUGGUUAUUUAGAGGCAAAACAAGAUAAUCCACUAAAGACUUCAGGAUUAAAUGAGGUCAUUUAUUCACUUGCGGAUAUCUUAGGUAUUUGCUAAAACUGAUAGGCUGGAAUAACUUGGUAGCUGUGUCCAAGUAAAAGCUUUUUCUAUAUAAAAUAUAGAAGUUAUUUUAGACAGAUGACAUAUACUGUAUUUUGUUGACAUAGGAACUGUAUUCCUUAAUUCAUUUUAUGAAUAUUUGCUUUUUGAAUUUAUAUUUUACCUUUAUUGACAAUCCAUCUGCUAUAUGAGUUCUUGAGGUUUGUUAAAGAUUGAAGCUGUCAUGUCACUGAAGCUGUUUUUCAGCCGAAAUCACAUUGGCUUUAUAAUCCGUCCAGCUUGCAAGAAUACUAAUACUGUACACUUAAAUUUAUAUUUUCAGGAAAGAAUGUUCACAUUACAAUGCCUUUAGAAGUGAAAUACAGUAGUGGACCUUAUUGUAUAUCUUAAUGCUAUAGAAGUAAUGCAAAGCUUAGUUAUAUAUGACAGAUUGAGAAUAAUUUUAGCAUAUUGUGUCACACCAAGAUUCAUGCUAUUUGUAAAAACAUAUUUUUAAAAAUUUCCUAUUCUUCUAUUCUUGGAAAGUGUCUGAUGGUCCUUAAACUUUGUUAUUGUAUGUCAGCACAAAGAGGAACAUAACCUUAAUGGUAAAAUGUGGCUAUCAUUUGAAUUUAGUUCCAUCAAAAGGAGAGCAGUUAUGAUAGCAGAUCUUGGGAAGGAUGUCUGUGAAUUUGAAAUGGCACAUUAUUUCAAUUGUAGAUGACCAUGUUUAUUGAAGGGGAUGUAUAUUAAAUCAGAUAUUAAGGGUAAUGUAUAUGAAAGCAGAUGUUUAGUUCUUAUGUAUGGGAUGCUAGGAACAUAAAGAAAGGUAUGAAAAAAGAAAGAUGUAUUUCUGACAAGUUGUUUUACAUCUUGUUUAGCAUAAAAUACAUCCAACUAUGUCACAAGUAAUUGGGGCACAAGUGAUAAAGGUGAAUGCACAGGUAGCUUAAAGUUCCAGACAUUUGUUCAUUUUAUUAAUUUCUUAUGUUUAUGAGUUUGUAUUCUGCUAGAUAUGGGUUGCCAUUGACAGAAUAUUUUUCAAAACUGAUAUUACAAUCUUCUAUUCAGCAUGCUGUUGAGCAGACUUAUGCUAUAAUUUUUAUGAAUCAGUAUACUGUCUUCCCUUUGAUAUCACAACAUUGGAUUACUGAUAGAGGUUUUGCUCAUAGAAAAGAGCAUAUUAAGAAGAAAGCGAUUGAGAGUAAAAAUUCAAUUAGCAACACAUUCAUAAUAAAUGUAAUGUAUUUUCAGUCAAGAGUUUAAGUAUAAGUACUAAAACAUAAUAUGAAUACAACGUUAAAAUACUUGGGUUAUAGGUAUAGGUGGUCCAAAAGCAGUUGUUAAUUUAUUGUUAGAUAUCGAAAUGGGUGUUCAACAAUGUUAGUACAGGAAAUUGAGCUGAGAAGUGUAAUGACAACAGAUUCCUUAGCAAGGGAACUUAAAAUCUCUUAAUCUUUUUCUCAGUCAGAGACAGUGGUACCUUGACCUAUGAAUUUAAUUCGUUCCGUGGCCGAGCUUGUAGCUCAAUUUGCUCGCACAUCAAAUCAAUUUUCCCCAUUGAAAAUACUUCAAAUGCCCUUAAUCCGUUCUAACCCUCAAAAUGCCACCCCAUAUUUUGAUGUUUCAUUAUUAAAUAGGGAAAAUAUUUCUAAAUAACAAAUAUUGUGUACAAAUAUAAUAGAAAGAGUAUGUAAAGAUAUAGUAGGGUUUAUACAGUGUAAAGGUAGUGUUCAAGCUACGAUAAUUCGUCUUAUGAUAAUCCGAUUUUACGAUAGACUAUGGGAGCGAGAGAACAAAUUACAAUAGCCUAAUUUAUCCCAUCUUCUUGUCAAAUAAGUUCAAAAACAGCAAAAGACAGUGAUGAAAGUAUUGUUUUAACAUUGUACUCCUUGCAUAAAUGUGUACAGCCAUGAACAACCGAACGAGAAACGACGUUUUUUGCUAAGUACAACCGAAUUGGAUAACAACAAUAUCCGUUUCCCUUUUAUUUCAACCAUCAUACUGUAGUAAAUAAUUACCGUAGUUAUGUUAUAAAUGACGUUAUAUAGAAAAGGACCGAGAUAUUUUUAUGUAAUAACUUUAUCCACUAUAGAUCAAAGAUCAACAAGGAAAUAUACUGUUAAAUUUAAGUCAAGUUGUAGCUGAAGCUGAGAAAACUGUUCAAGCUGUUCAUGACUAUUAUCGUGCAUCAGUAACAAGGAUAAAACUCCCGUAAACUUAUGCCAACAAACAACCGUCGAUAAAAUUGAGAGAAAAUUAUUUUAUAAUCAAAGCUACUGGGCUUGAAAGAACACAUUU